AUGCAUGUGCUAAUUGUAUUGUUCCUGCUAUCAUAUCACCUUCAGCUUGAAGAUCAGUCAGGAAAAGAAAUUCUGCCCUACCCGUGCCAGUCAGACAGUGGAACAAAAAAUGCCAGUGAACUACCACGGCCUGCACAGGCAAAAGAUCAUGAUGCUAUUUUCAAGGAUAGAUGUUGUUUCCAUAGGUCAAACACAGAAGAAACACUGGCUUGGUCUGACUCUGUGGAUACACUGCUAGCUAAUAAAGAUGGCCUGGCAGCUUUUAGGAAGUUUUUGAAGUCAGAAUUCAGUGAAGAGAAUGUAGAGUUCUGGCUGGCUUGUGAGGAUUUCAAAAAAACCAAGUCCACCACCAAGAUUGCCGCCAAAGCCCAAAAGAUUUAUUCUGACUUUAUAGAAGCUGAUGCUCCAAAGGAGAUUAAUAUUGACUUCCAUACAAGAAAUCACAUCUCUCAGAACAUCUCAGAACCCACCCUCAGUUGCUUUGAUGAUGCUCAGAGGUUAAUCUAUAGUCUCAUGGCAAAGGACUCUUUUCCUAGGUUUCUAAGGUCAAAAGAGUAUAAGGAACUUGCAAAGAAGCAAGAGAACAGAAAUGAAAAAAGGUGGCUCCCAUUUUUGUGAGAAGGUAAAAAGCUAGAGUUAUGAAUUUGUAGAUGCCUCCUGUUACAAUUCAGUAUGGGUAAGAUUUUAUUAAAGUGAUCACAGAAAGCAGAACUCUAACAGGCUUGUUUUUAAUAUAUGCAAGGUUGUUUCUGCUAAAGUUGGUGGAGAAGUAUUCUAGAAAUAGAAUGGAAUAUGCUAAGAAAUUUGGGUUACAUUUUUAGUAAAAAUUUUGCAAUUACUAUUUUUUUUCCAAUUGUUUCUUCAUUUGUUGCAGUGAUUUUGCAUUUUGUAAGUGAAAUGUUCUGGUUCUACAGUCUGCCAUCAGUUUUUCCUAGAAGUAUGACCUCAAAGAAUAAAUUGCUUUCAUGGGACUUGAAUACACUUAUUCCUUUGUUCAUUUACUUAUUUAUAAAGAA